AAUGGACUAAUGUUGAAGUCUAAUUACAAUCUCAUAUUAAAUUAAUGGAAAUAUGCAGAAGGACAAAGUUUCUUAUUGUUUUGUAUGUUAUCCAGUAACUAGUUUUAUUCUGUUUACAUUUCUGUCCUUUCUCCCAGAAGCAGGAAGUGAGCAGAAGAGAAUCCGCCAAGAAGAUGAGAUUCCUCUCCCCGUAGCAGUGAGCAUGUGUCAGAUCCAUGCAGAGCUUGGGAGUGGUUCAUUUGGCAAAGUGCUGUUGGCAUCUCUGCCCAGCAGCCAGCACGUAGCCAUAAAAGUCAUACAGAAGAGUGACGAGUACCAACUUGCUGAUCUCAUCACAGAGGCUCGUGUGCUGAAGGUGGCUGCUGGAUGCCCACACCUUUGCCAUGCGUAUGGAUCAUUCCAAACUCAGCGACAUGCCUUUAUUGUCAUGGAGUACGUCAGUGGAGGGACCAUGGAAGAUCAGAUGUACAAUGGAGGACGUAUGGAGAUGGACUCAAUAACAUUCUACGCAGCUGAAAUGGUGUGUGCCCUCCAGUUUCUCCACUGUAAUGGGAUUAUCCACCGGGAUGUCAAACCAGCUAAUGUCCUAGUGACCAGCGAGGGACAUGUAAAGGUUUGCGACUUUGGACUGGCGGUUGAGGGCAUAUUUGAAAAUGUGAAAGCCAGAGGAAUUGCAGGAACGGUUCGCUACAUGGCCCCAGAGGUCAUUUUAGAAGAGCAAUAUGAUGCAGGAAUAGACUGGUGGUCACUAGGCAUCAUACUAUAUGAGAUGGCCACCAAAUGCUAUCCUUUCUAUGAAAGCAGUGACGAAUUUGAAUGCAUGGAAGCCAUUCUCUGUGAGGAUCCCUACAUUCCAGAAUGGCUCAGUGAAGAUCUGCAAAAUCUCCUGCAACAACUUCUCGAGAAAGAUCCUGAGAAGAGACUUGGCUGCAAUGGCAACAUUCGGGAGCACCCAUUUUUUUCAUUCAAUCGAUUGGGUGCAACUAGAAAAGCAGAAUGUGCCACCCCCUUCUGUCCCAAUGCCAUCAGUGGAUUUCGACGAGACAUAUGAAAAGCCUCUGUCGUUUUUGCAGUCCAUAAAACACAACAUCUCUUCAAGAAACGACAUACUGGAAUCCCAACUGGAGCAACCAAGCCAUUUCGCUAUCCAGCCUUACCCUGCAUAUUGGCCUAAUUUCAGCCACUACCAACACCCGUUACCAUCAGUUCCUGUUUCUUCUCUUUAUCACCAUUUAAGUCCUGUCAUCAGUCCCCCACCAGUUCCUGCCUUAUUCCCAUCAUCCCAUCACCACCAUGACCUGCCUUUUAAUUUUUAUUAACACCCCUUGGACUUUUCCAUCACCCCUGCCUCUGGCUAGUUAUAUUGAUCCACACUUCUGCCCCCUUUUUUAAGUAGUUUUUUUCCCUUUGGCCCCCUCAAUCCAGCAAUGCUUUUGGCUCUAUCAUCGGCCACUAAUUUGAUGCAUUAACAUCUCUUGCUGUCUCUGACCCUCGAUACCGGCCCCAACACUGGCCCACUUCAUCGGCCUUUACCUCCAGCCCACGCCAUCAGCCUUUACCUCUGGCCCCAACACUGGCCCACACCAUCGGCCUUUACCUCAGGCCUAUGCGACCAGCCCCAACACUGGCCCACUCCAUCGGCCUUUACCUCCGGCCUAUGCCACUGGCCCACUCCAUUGGCCUUUACCUCAGACCCACGCCACCAGCCCCAAAACUGGCCCACUCCAUCGGCCUUUACCUCCGGCCCAUGCCACCGGCCCCAACACUGCCCCACACCAU